UGUGGCACGCCUUGGGGGCCAGGCCAGACCUGAAAAACCAGCUAGCGCUUUCAGUCCGGAGAGCUCUAAUAUGGCACGUCGUGUCUUCCUCUCUGCCAAAGGCUGAAACCAUCCCUCGCUUUUCGACUUCUUCAGUUCAUAAUCACGCCUAAAGUGGACAUUCGGUCGUUUCACCUCUUCAGACUGGUUUCAUACAGGUUUCCGUUGUGUUUUUCUGUCUCGGCUCUGUUAGCGGCAGCGUGCGUGAGGGAAGGAGCGCGUGGACUAUGCUCACUUCAGUCGACUGAAGGAGGGGGAGUGGAGGAAUUGAUACUGUGGAGAGAGAACUCCACGACGGGGAACUGAUCAUACAGACUGACACCGCACACAAAGCUCUGGCAGGGCAGUGAAUGUUUAUUGUGUUCUGGCAUUCAGCAGCAAUGCAGAAGGAUCCUGUAAACGGACAAAUCUAAAGAUGCAAAGAGCCGCCACAGCAUCGGUGACCCAGUCCACACAGAACACCACAGUCGUCACCAAGUCUAGAGAACAAAUCCUCACGCAGAGCUCAGGAGCCAUGAUAGCUGUAAUCGUCAUUGGUAUAAUCAUCAUUCUCACAUUUUUGCUGAUAGUCCUCAAGACAUACAACAGGAGAACUCAUGCGAACAGGAUGCUGGCCGGAGGCUCCAGCAAACCUCGAAAGAAGGUGUCCUCAACUACCACAAACACAAACCUGGCCAUGAGCAACGUGGGAGCCAGCUCAGGCUCUGGAAGCUUUGUGCAGUCCAAUGCAUCCUCAGAGAACGGGUACCGCAUUCCUCGGGUCGACCUGCCAAACAUGGAUCGGAGUAAUGGGGAGCAUUUCAGCACCAACAGCGGAUCAACUAUUGUGACGAUACAUGACAUGCCUUCAGUAGAUAACACAUAGCUGACAUUGUCUGGACUCACACGUGCGAAGAUACUAGCAUACCAACAUGAACAAAGAAGUAGUGGAAGAGGCCCGGUCAUAUCUGAACACCCAACAUUAACUGAACAUUCGCUGUCUGUUUGGGAUUUUAUGGAACUUUGAUAAAAGUCCCCUUUAAAAAAAAAACCUGUAUAUGAUAUUGAAGAACCUGAGGAACACUUCAGACAAGUGUCCUCUCACUUGAAAUGAUUAGUUUUAUUUUUAGCACUGGAUUUGGUGAUGAAAUAUAGGUUAAAACAUAUUUUAUUGCCUUGAGCUGAAAACUGUUUUUCUUAAAAAUAGAAUUGGUGGGAGCCAGAAUUCAGUUAGAGAUGUUAAUGAUGUCCGUCAAUUUAACUAAUUUAACUAUAUAUCGUUAUGACAUUUGCACUCUUAAUACUGAGGUCUGUCAGAAGAUUGUUCAAACAAUAUACUCUGUAUAUAUUUUACAUUUAUGCAUUAGCCAGAUGUUGAUCCAUUAAAGUAUAGAUUUUGUUUAUACAGUC